AUCCAAAAGUGUUCUUAUCAGGACAGCUCAGUGUUGCUUCAGACUGGGGAGGGGAACACAACAGACACACGGACUCCUCGUGAGCACAGCUUGAAUCUUUUUAGUUUAAUGACAAGAAGAGACAAAUCAAGGGAUUAGUCUUCAAAAUACCCCAGUCAUCUGCAAAGAAAAUGGAUCCGACAUUACAAAUUCUCCUGGUGAUGUGCUCCCUCUGCAAGCUGCUCGUGGCUGAAAGUCCUGAAGAGGCCAAUCAGGAACAUUUGAACCAUUAUGGGGAACAUCCGGCAACAAUCGCCAUGGCACAGUACAAGUGUUUCCAGCGAAUGGUGAGAGGAGACAAUCAUCACAGAACACAAACGAUGGGACCUGUUUGCAACAUGACAUGGGAUGGUUGGUUGUGCUGGGAUGAGACCGAAGCAGGACUCAUAACAGAGCAAAGCUGCCCUGACUAUUAUAAAGACUUCGACACUUAUGCGCUAGCAUCCAAAGUUUGUACGGAAACUGGCGAUUGGUGGCGUCACCCGGAGAGCAACCGGACAUGGACAAACUUUACCAACUGCCGAGCCAAUACAACACAUCAUGGCACAGUGGCGAUGACUCACUUCUACCUGGUCAUGAUUGGUCAUGGGCUGUCGCUGGUCUCACUGAUCAUCUCACUCGGAAUAUUCUUCCAUUUUAAGAGUCUGAGCUGUCAAAGGAUCACGCUGCACAAGAAUCUCUUUGUCUCCUUUGUUCUGAACUCAAUCAUCACAGUUGUGUGGCUGACGAAGGUGGCCAAGAAACAAGGGCACACGUACAACGACUCAGCGAGCUGCAAGCUACUCAUGUUCAUUCAUCUCUACCUGCUGAGUUGCAACUACUUCUGGAUGCUGUGUGAGGGAAUCUACCUGCACACUCUGAUUGUGGUGGCUGUGUUUGCCGAGAAGCAGCAUCUCUUGUGGUAUUAUCUGCUUGGCUGGGGUUUCCCACUUGUGCCAGCAGUGUUACAUUCCAUAGCACGCCAAUGCUACUACAAUGACAAAUGCUGGGUGAGCUCCGAUACGUCCCUGCUGUACAUCAUCCAUGGGCCGAUCUGUGCCGCGUUGGUAGUGAAUCUCUUCUUUCUGCUGAACAUUGUACGGGUUCUCAUCACCAAGCUGCGAGUAACCCAUCAAGCUGAGUCCAGUCUGUACAUGCGGGCGGUGAGAGCCACACUCAUCCUCAUUCCGCUUCUUGGCAUUCAGUUUGUGCUGCUUCCCUACAAGCCGCAAGAGCACUGGGUGUCUGAGAUCUAUCUCUACAUCAUGGAGAUCCUCAUGCACUACCAAGGUCUCCUAGUGUCCACCAUAUUCUGCUUCUUUAAUGGGGAGGUUCAAAGUGUUCUGCGGAGACACUGGAAUCAGCAGCGGAUGCAGUUUGCCGGCACAUUUGCCAACGCCGACCUUUUCCGCUCGGCCUCCUUUGUGGCGUCGUCGCUCACCGAGGUCCACCGCUGCUACAGCAUUGAAAGUCACACCGAGCACACCAACGGCAAAAGCUAUUCAGACAUAUUCCGAUCUGACAGCCCGUUUGUGUGAAAUGAACCUUUUGCACAGGAGGCACUCAGAUGCUCAGAGAGACGGCAAGGAACUGAGAGGAAUUUGCCAUUUUUUAAACACCUUUUUCUGUUGCAGAACCUUUCAGUGCAUAGGAUGUAAAUAGGCCGCUCAACAAGCUAAAGUGUGACGUCUUUUUCACAUCGAGUGGAUGAACUGCGUGUUUUUAGGCAUGAAGGCCAAAUGAAGCCACUCAGAUGAAUAAAAGAGUUGCAAAUUUUAACAACACUGGCCGAUAAACACAACUUUGAAAAAAAUUGCGGUCUGAGCUUUUCAGGUGAAUUUUCAAAAUGAACCUGUAAUGCACUGCAACCUUUUGACUGUCUGUCAAGUUUUGAAUGCAAAAGUCAAAUUGUUCAGUGCUUCAGUACGUUUUUCACAAGGAGCUGAUUGCCAAAAUUGACAGCAGGUGUUGAUUUAUGAAUGAAAAGAUCAAUAUGUUUCCAAGGUUGUCCAUUGCUGUGCCUUUCUGUGACUCUUCCAGUGUCUCUAUGUCUCUGUGGUAUCCUUCUGGUUAUUAGAGAACAGCAACUUGUUCAAAAAAGUACGGAAACAUUGAAAAGUUGUGCACGUCCAAAAGUUCACCUGCAAACAUUUCAGGUGAAAGACGAAAUAGUCCCAACUUUUUGUGUGUAGUUUCUGUGUUGCACAAUGUGGCGUUGUAGUCACAUUUUACAUUUCCUCUUCUUUUCUCUAUUUUGAGUAUGGCAUGUUUUGUCUCAGUUAGUAUUGUUUUCUUAAUUUAUAGCUCCUCCUUCGUAUUUGCUUCAAAAAUACUGAGGUUUCUGCUGUUCUUAUUCCAGAAUGCUGGAGAAGAGAUGAUGAAGUAAUUUCAAUCAUAUUGUGCAUACAGUAAAUGACACUUAUCUUGACAUACAAUUUGCAUAUUGGAACUCGUACAUUUGGGGAUGUGAGCUUUUGAGGCGCUGCAGAUUUCAGCCUUCUAAAACACUGGCUGACUAUCUGUUAGCCUCCACUGGAUAACUGUACAGUACUUUCUAUAGUUGUACAUCCAUCUGCAGAACUCUGAAUAAUAACCUGAUUUAACUGAAAAUAAUGCUGAUGUUUGCGAUUAUUCUUUAUCAUCCAUUAUGUGUGUCUGUUUUUAAUAAA